AUGGGUGUCUUCGUGAAGAAUGCUACCAUGUCCGUGUCAAUUUCUUUGACUGUGUUGAAAAUGGCGGGGUUAUGGGCUCCGGAACAUUUGAAAGGCUCAAGAAAGUUACUCUACAGCUGUUACACUGUAGUGAUCUUCAUGUUUCUGCUUGGAAUCUACAUCAUCAUACAAGUGGUGGACCUGUGUAUCAUAUGGGGUGAUAUUGCUCUUAUGACCGGUACAGCAUUUCUGCUCUUUACAAAUCUAGCUCAAGCUGCUAAAAUUGUGAACAUCCUGGGCCGUAGGAAGCGGAUUCAGGUUAUCAUUAAUGAUGCUGAUAAAGAGUUGUCUGGAAUAGAGAAUGAUGGUGAAGGAAAAAUUGUUAAGAGUUGUAAUAAAGAAAUGGUAAUCCUACAAGCUCUGUAUGUCUCCGUGACCUUUGUGACAACUCUCGGUUGGGCCACCAGCGCUGAGGAGGGACAACUGCCUCUAAGAGCUUGGUACCCCUACGACACGACCAGAUCUCCUGCAUACGAGCUGACCUACGUUCACCAGGUCGUCGCGCUCCUUAUCGCCGCUUACCUGAAUGUGGCUAAGGACACGUUAGUGGCUGCGCUGAUCGCGCAGUGCACGUGCCGGCUGCGGCUCAUUGGGCACGCCUUGGAGAACUUGGCAAUAGAUUUGGAUACUACUGACAAGUACGCCUUUACACCGGACCAAGAGACAUCAAUAUACAGCCGACUUCGUUUGUGCGUGAUUCGGCACCAGAAAACGCUAGAAGCCGCUAAAGAGCUGCAAGCCUGCUUCUCGGAGCCAACCUUCGCGCAAUUCACAGUGUCCCUCAUCAUAAUUUGUGUCACGGCAUUUCAGAUGUCUAUGAUGGGCACAGACAACCUGGUGCGUCUCCUCUCAAUGGGCACCUACUUGAUGAACAUGGCUUUCCAAGUGUUUAUCUACUGCUAUCAAGGGACCUACCUGUCUGAAGAGUCAUCAAAAAUUGCUUCUUCGGUGUACUGUUGUCCGUGGUACAUGUGUUCGGUGCGCCUGCGCCGCGAGUUGUUGAUUGUGAUGUUGCGCACGCGACGAAUCACCAAACUCACCGCCGGAGGAUUCACUACUCUGUCACUUGCUUCCUUCAUGGCUAUAUGGGGCGAUCUCACUCUGAUGACAAGCGCUUCUUUUCUUCUCUUCACCAACUUAGCAUUUGCCACUAAAGCGAUUAAUGUGGUGAUGAAGAGACGAGCCAUACAGGAGAUUAUUAAUACAUCUGAUGAUGAAUUAACUGCUGAAGAUAGGAUGGACGGAAUUGAAAUCGUUAAGAGGUAUCCAUAUGACACUUCAAAGUCACCAGCUUAUGAGGUUACCUAUGUUAAUCAGAGUUCAGCACUUAUGAUAUCGGCGUUGGUCAAUGUGUGUUUAGACACUAUGGUAACGUCCCUGAUAGCUGUCUGCUGUUGUCGUUUACGGCUUGUGGCCCUGUCGCUUAGAACAUUGUGUUCAUCACUAGAACCCUCUAAAAAGUUAAUGUUGUGCAAGGAAGAUGAAACAGUCCAGGAACGUAUAAAACAAUGCGUUGUCAAGCAUCAAGCAGCACUGAAGACUGCAGCACAAAUACAGACUUGCUUCACCAAGCCGAUUCUGGCACAGUUUUCGGUGUCAGUUGUCAUUAUUUGUGUAACAGCUUACCAACUGGCUCUUAGUUGUAAGAUAGCAGGCGCAGCCUAUUGGUGUCCGUGGUACUUGUGCUCGGUGAGACUGCGCCGCGAGUUGCUGAUCGUCAUGCAGCGCACGCGCCACGUCACCAAACUUACUGCUGGAGGAUUUACAACAUUAUCACUUGAUUGCUUUACUUCUAUAAUAAAAGCUUCUUAUACUUUCUUUACUGUACUGAAACAAGUGGAAGAUAGAAAUGAAAAGUAA